UCCGUCGUUACUGAGCACGCUCCACGAGCCAGGUCUGGCAGGGGGCUCCUGCACUCCCACCUUGCACCUCAUGGCACUCUCUAGGGAGCUGAGCGGGACAGCCAUUCCACCCCCAUUUGACAGAGGAGGAGAUACCGCAGUCUCCAUGCCAGCACGUGGGAGAGCUGGCCCUGAGCCCCGAGUCUGGUCCAGGGCCCUGCUGAAUGUGCUGCUUCUCACGGGCGCCACCCGGUGCUUGUGCUCUCCAUGCAGAGCUGCUUCCCCUCUGGGCCUGCCCGGUUCCCGUGCACUGAUGCAGUGGCUCCUUACCUGGUUUGGACCCUGCCUAGGGCACGCACGGUGCUGCCAAGGAGGGGUCCCGUCUUCUGGACACACUGCAGGGUGCAAGGCAGCUCCUUACAAAUGGAGCCUUGGAAGGAGCCGCAGCCAGCUUCUCUUCUUGGUCAUGAUCGUCCCGUAAGGGUGAGGCCACGUGAUCCCGUUCAGUUGCCCAAUGUGUCCUCUCGGCCUGCAGGUGCUGCGGCCAGGUGGGGCCUCUGCAUUGACCAGGCUGUGGUCUUCAUCGAAGACGCGAUUAAGUACCGCUCCAUCAACCACCGCAUGGACGCCCGCUCACUGUGGCUCUACCGACGGUAUUACUCGAACCUGUGCCAACGGUCUUUGAACUUCACCAUUUACUUGAUCCUGUCUUUGGCUUUUAUCGAGACCCCCUCUUCGCUCAGUAGAACGGCGGACGUGCGUUACCGCUCCCCGCCCUGGGAGCCUCCAUGCGGCCUGACGGAGAGCGUGGAGGUGCUCUGCCUGCUGGUCUUCGUGGCCGACCUCUCUGUGAAGGGCUACCUGUUUGGGCGGGCUCAUUUCCAGAAGAACCUCUGGCUGCUGGGCUACCUCGGGGUGCUGGUCGUGUCCCUGGUAGACUGGACCGUGUCCGUGAGUCUCCUUUGUCGGGAGCCCCUGCGCGUCCGCCGGCUCCUGCGCCCCUUCUUCCUGCUGCAGAACUCCUCCAUGAUGAAGAAGACCUUGAAGUGCAUCAGGUGGUCGCUGCCGCAGAUGGCCAGCGUUGGGCUGCUGCUGGCCAUUCACCUGUGUCUCUUCACCAUGUUCGGGAUGCUGCUGUUCGCUGGGGAGAAGGACGACGGGCAGAACAAGGAGAGGAUGACCUACUUCCGGAACCUGCCAGAUGCUCUGACUUCGCUCCUGGUGCUGCUGACCACCGCUAACAACCCUGAUGUGAUGAUUCCUGCGUAUUCCAGGAACCGGGCCUACGCCAUCUUCUUCAUAGUCUUCACCCUGAUAGGAAGCUUGUUUUUGAUGAACUUGCUGACGGCCAUCAUCUACAGUCAGUUCCGCGGCUACCUGAUGCAAUCUCUCCAGACCUCGCUGUUCCGGAGGCGGCUCGGGACCCGGGCUGCCUACGAAGUCCUCUCCUCCAUGUCUCGGGAGGGAGAAGCCUCCCCUCAGGGAGUUGGGGUGAAGCCCCAGAACUUACUACAUGUGCUUCAGAAAGUGCAGCUGAGCAGCUUCCACAAACAGGCCCUCAUAGAGAAGGUGCGCUCCUACGGAGACGUCCCCCUGUCAGCCAGCGAGUUUCAGAGACUCUUCCACGAGCUUGACAAAAGUGGGGUUAAAGAGCACCCGGCGAGGCCCGAGUACCAGUCUCCGUUUCUGCAGAACGCCCAGUUCCUCUUCGGCCACUACUACUUUGACUACCUGGGGAACUUCAUUGCCCUGGGGAACCUUGUGUCCAUUUGCGUGUUCCUGGUGCUGGAUGCAGACGUGCUGCCCGGUGACCGGAAUGACUUCAUCCUGGGGAUUCUCAACUGCAUCUUCAUCCUGUACUACCUGCUGGAGAUGCUGCUCAAGGUCUUUGCUCUGGGCCUACGGGGCUACCUGUCCUACCCCAGCAACGUGUUUGAUGGGCUCCUCACCACAGUCCUGCUGGUUUUGGAGAUCUCAACUCUGGCUGUGUACCGAUUCCCACACCCAGGCUGGAGGCCACAGAUGCAGGGCCUGCUGUCGCUGUGGGACAUGGCCCGGCUGCUGAACAUGCUCAUUGUGUUCCGGUUCCUGCGCAUCAUCCCAAACAUAAAGCCCAUGGCUGUGGUGGCCAGUACCGUCUUGGGCCUGAUGCAGAACAUGCGGGCGUUUGGCGGCAUCCUGGUGGUGGUCUACUACGUGUUUGCCAUCAUCGGGAUCCACUUGUUCCGUGGUGUUAUUGUGGCUCCUCCUGGAAAUAGCAGCCUGGCCCCUGCCAAUGGCUCGGUGCCCUGCGGGAGCUUCGAGCAGCUGGAGUACUGGGCCAACAACUUCGACGACUUUGCCGCCGCCCUGAUCACACUGUGGAACAUAAUGGUGGUGAACAACUGGCAGGUGUUCCUGGAUGCGUAUCGGCGCUACUCGGGCCCAUGGUCCAAGAUCUAUUUUGUGUCGUGGUGGCUGGUGUCGUCUGUCAUCUGGGUCAACCUGUUCCUCGCUCUGAUUUUGGAGAAUUUCCUUCAUAAGUGGGACCCCCAAAGUCACUUACAGCCCCUUGCUGGGACCGAGGAGGCCACCUACCAGCUGUCUGUGGAGCUCAUGUUCAGGUUUGUGGGUGGGGAAGGUGCUUCCGUGUGGUCUCCUGGGGCGUGUAGCCAAGAGCUGGGGUGGGCAGGAGGUGGCAGGCAGGCCCUGUGACGGCCACCCUCCCCAUCGGCCCCGUCACCUGGCCUCCCUCGCAUGCCACAGGUGAGCAGGUGAGAGAAGCUCCGAGUGGGGUCAGGCUCGGGCUGCUGCCUCUGCUCCUGUGCUGGGGUUGUAGACUUUGCUCUGCGCUCAGAGUGAGCGUAUUUGAGGAAGCUUCCUUCAGGUUCUGUUGGUCUCCAGGUCAUCCUGUUGGAUAUAAAGAGGUGGCCCAAGGAAACUGCAGCCCUCUCACGACAACUUUGAGAUUGUUCCUCUCCUAGUACAGAAAAGUGACUGGCCACCCAGAGCCCGCCCUGCCGUGGGGCCUCUGUUCCUUCUGUGGGGUUUGCUGUGUCACUGUAGCCGAUCUCCACACAGUCCUGCCAGCCAGCGUGGAGAGGUGCCUUCUGGGCUUUUGAGAUGCCACGUAAACCUUUCUCGUGUCUGUAUCCAUCCUGAAGCUGGGUCUGAGUCCCUGUGUCCCACGUCCUUGUCACACUCACUUUUGCACAUGUCUCUGAUGAUCUCCAGGGAGAACCUCCUCUGUGGGGCACUUCGGAGGCUUUCUGAUGAGUUCUGCUCACUCGUCCUUCUGCACGUGCCCAGGGUCUGUCUGCAGAGGCCUGUUAACCCCUCCUCCCCGACCCCACAGGGACAUCCUGGAGGAGCCCAAGGAGGAGGAGCUGACCGAGAGGCUGAGCCGUCACCAGUACCUGCG